UCUAUAUCUCCUCCUUCCUCCUCACUUCCCACUCUCUCUCUCUUUCCCCCUUCUUUCUCUCUCCUCCUACCAUGGAAACUCAAACUCAAACACUCCUCCCUUCCCCCACCUCCACCUCAUGCAGCAGCAGCACCACCAAAACCACCCCAAAUGGCGCCCUCCACCCACCCCCAACCACCCCUAAACAACAACACUUCCCUCAAACCCGAUCCGAAACCAACCCUUACCCAACCACCUUCGUCCAAGCUGACACUUCCUCCUUCAAACAAGUCGUACAAAUGCUCACCGGCGCCUCCGAAACCACCCCAAAAUCGACCACCCCUAAAUCCACCACCACCACCAACAAUUUUAAAACCAGCAACCAAAUCCCACCAAUCAAAACCCCUAACAAAUCCAAACUAUACGAGCGUCGUAGCACCACGCUCAAGAGUCUUCGCCUUUGCAGUCCGUCCCAUUUUUCUCACCGCAAUGCGGCCGAUAUUCUCUCUCCUUCACUCCUCGAUUUCCCGUCGCUAGCACUCUCUCCGGUCACCCCUCUCAUCCAUGAUCCUUUCAAUAGAUCUCCAAUCUCUUCAAAUUCUUCACCAUCACCGAAAGUCGUCGUUGAUAAUUUCGCCGAGGAAAAAGCCAUUGCGGAAAAGGGCUACUUCCUUCAUCCUUCACCCGUUUCAACACCUCGCGAUUCGGAGCCCCGAUUGUUGCCUCUUUUCCCCGUUUCUUCUCCCCGGGUAUCUUCAGGUUCUCAUCCUAGUUCUUGAUUUUUGUAAUUUUUAUGGGUUUCGAGCUUUUUUUUUAAUUGGGAAAAUGGUGGGUGUUACUGUUAUGUAGUAUAUAUAAUAAUAUAAAAUAGUAUCAAUUUGGAGUUAUAAUACUCCUUUUUUUUUAAUUACUAAUAUUUCUAUCUCUAUCAUGUAAUGAAUGAGCCUAAUCUAGCAAUUGUAAGAAAGUGAGAGAGAAAAAAAUGAAGAAAAGGUUGUUCACAAAUUUUAUA